CCCCCACCAAAUCGAUACGCAUAUCCUUGGGACUAGCGCAGUUGUCGACCGGGAGGAACGUGCUUAGUUAGUUAACCGGUGGCUAUGCGGACCUCCGCCUGUUGACAUCGUGACUGAGUCGUGCGAGGAAAAUGCCGGAUCCAGAGUGUUUUGUCCGCUUCGAUAACAAUCCGUACGGUGUGUACCUGGCCGGUCAAACACUAGCCGGCCAGGUGGAGCUUCGUCUGACGGAGACACUCAGCAUCGUAGGUAUAAGCCUCCAGCUGGAUGGACACACCGAGAUCGAGUGGUCGGAGGUUGUGGAAUCGACGGUGGCGGGCCAAACGGGACGUAAGACGACCCAGUACUACGCCCAAAAGACUUUGCUCAAUUCGAGCAGCUUCCUGUGUGGUUCAUCCGCUGGCCCGGUCCGGGAGCUCGCCAUCGGAACGCACGUCUAUCACUUCUCCUGCGAACUACCCGCCCACCUGCCCACGGCCUUCGAGGGUUACCAUGCACGCAUCCGUUAUUUGGCCCGUGUGGCCGUGCACCGCUCCAAGCGUCGUAGUUCCGGCGGAGCCGCUGGGAUUACCGAUCGAAUCGGUCAAACUAGCUUCACCGUACUGCGACCGUUGAAUUUGAACGAGCUCGAUGGUACGGUGUUGGCACUGCCCGCGAAGAGCGAGCUGACCAAGGUGUUCUGCUGUGGUCCCUGCUCCUCGGAACCCCUUUACAUAUCGGCCCAGAUACCACGCUGUGGCUACAUACCGGGACAAACGAUUGUGAUGAAGAUUGAUGCCGUAAACCGGAGCCGGACGCGGGUGCACGAGUUCCGCAUCAAGCUGAUGCAGAAGCUCAGCUACACCAGCCAGCAUCCAACGGUGGCCAGCCGGACCGAUGCGCUCGUCGUGGCCGAAUCACGCUGCUCGGGCGUUACCUCAGGGGAGGUGAUCAAGCAUCAGCAAAACCUGCUCAUUCCGGCACUUCCUCCAACGUACACCGAUGGGGUACCGAUCUUCAGCAUCAACUACGAGCUGGAGGUAGAGGCCCGCGUAACCGGACCAAACAUUAGUCCGCGUCUGUCGAUGCCUAUUACGAUCGGUACAAUUGCACUGGAAACAGCGGCACCGAAGGAAAUACUGAAGCCAUUGAACAAACCAUCUUGGGAUCCGUUCGGUGCACAGCAUUACACGGAUAUCGUCGGGACACGCAUCAUACCACAUUCGAUUGGCAGUGGGACAGCAGCAGCACGCCGGUCACAGAUGGGCUUGGAUGAACCGAACGGUGGAGGCCCGGUUGGGGCGACGAACGUGCGGCUUCACUACGUCGUACAUCGUGAUGCACCAGAUAACCACUAGGCCGGCCUCGCACUGUCUACUAUCUUUCGCUGCAGCAUCACUGUGCAAAAAAUCGACUGCCAUUGCUUGCAGUAUUCGGAAGAGGAACGUGAUCGCAGGAUCAAAGAAACAUAUUAACAUUGCACGACGCAAAGGAUAACGGAGUACAAAAAGAGAAAAACGGCAAUUACAAUUAUGCACACCAACACUCACAUACACACAAACACAACACACACUGCCUCGCCGCUUUUUCGGUAAAUAACGCUUAUGAUGAUCGUAGUUAUACACGCGCACCGGUGCACGCAUUAUUGUCUCGCACGCGUCUUAAAACCACACAAAAGAUACCACACUGCUGCUGAUGUACUAGUUUUGUUUUACGGUGGCAAACGGAGAGCAGAGCAAACUCUUUUUAUCGCUGUCUAUUGCUUAUAUACCGGGGUAGUACCAGUAACGCGACGGCCGUCUAUGCACUUUCAAAUCCUUCGCGAUCACACGCGUUACAAAAGGACAGUUUGCGUGGUCGUAGCGACGAAAAGUAUAGAAAAAGGACCGGGGGGCUGCCAGCUUGUUUUAUCGAAAAUCAAAUUCCUAACAUAAGUAUCGCGGGGUGAACACGCGGCACCGGCUAUCGCAUCAAUCAAUUUACACUUUUUAAGCAAGUUCACCGAUGAGCAUAAGUGAGCCGCGGUUUGUUGGGAUAAUGUGCGCUUUUUAAAAUGGACAGCAGCAGAGAUCAAGCAAAAACCAAACCAAACCCAAAAAAAACCUCCGCUAAACUACCUCAAGUGCCAUUGAGAUUUGUUGCAAAAAUAUACAAUUAAACAAACAUGUGAACAACAUAUGUGCC